AGGUUAAGUAAAGAUGACUAUCAACAGAACAAAUACUCUUUGAACUUUAAAGGUGACAAUCAAGAACAAGUACUUCAAUCUCCUCUCAGGGCUUCUCUAAUCUCUGAAAAUGCGGGGGCUAAGGGUGCUCUCCGCUCUAGAUACUGCAAAAACGCAAUACUACCAUUUCAAAGCGAUCAUCAUAGCGGGCAUGGGCCUCUUCACGGAUUCGUAUGAUCUUUUCUGCAUAACGCCGAUCAUGAAAUUGAUCGGCGCACUCUAUUACGAUGGGAUUGAUGAAAACAGCUUGGGUGUUCUUCCAGCCCUAGUCACGUCAGCAACUAUCGCGAUUCCACUUUUGGGCACUGUGGUGGGCCAGCUUGUCUUCGGUUGGCUCGGCGACCGCAUCGGUCGGAGGCGGGUCUAUGGCCUUGCGCUCAUGCUCAUGGUGUUUAGCUCCAUUGGAUGCGGGUUCUCAAUAUGUAGAACCAGGACAUGCGUGUUGACGAGCCUUUCCUUCUUUCGGUUUUGGCUUGGGGUGGGGAUCGGUGGCGAUUAUCCGUUAUCGGCGACGAUCAUGUCCGAAUUCGCCAAUAAGAGGACACGUGGAUCAUUCAUAGCCGCUGUAUUCUCAAUGCAGGGCUUUGGGAUCCUCACCGGCUCGGCGAUCACUAUGAUUGUUUGCCGUGUGUUUCAACACAUACCAAGAUCACCAUCGGAACCGGCGGAUCCGAAGCCGCCCGGUGCGGCGGAUUUGGCAUGGAGGGUGAUCCUGAUGCUUGGCGCGGUCCCGGCUAUGCUAACAUAUUACUGGCGGAUGAUGAUGCCCGAAACUGCUAGAUACACAGCACUGGUAGAGAAGAACAUCCCACAAGCAGUCAGGGACAUGGAGAAGGUGCUCGACAUGACGCUGCAUCAGAUCGGAGAAGAGUCCAACUCUCGUGCGCCAGAACCGCCAUCCUACGGUCUUUUCUCUAAGCAGUUCAUCUGUGAGCAUGGACGUGAUCUAUUCGCCACUUCGACCGCAUGGUUUUUGGUCGAUGUAAUUUUCUACACUAGCAACCUCUUCCAGUCGCUAAUCUACAGUGCCGAGUUUAAGACCUAUAAAGAAGACCUUGCGCCCACUCCUGGUAAGCUUACUCCACCUAAUGCCUACGAUGCGGCCUUUGACGUUGCGAAACUCCAGGCGAUCAUCGCCGUCGCUUCGACAAUCCCUGGAUACUGGGCCUCUGUCCUUUUCAUUGAUCGUAUGGGGAGAGUGAAGAUCCAGAUCAUGGGCUUCCUCAUCAUCUCCAUUUGCUUGUUUGUGCUCGGCCGCCUGUAUAACGAUCGUUGGUACAAGGACCCGGACCCGGGGUUCUACUCUCUCUUAGGUCUCACAUUCUUCUUCUCGAAUUUCGGGCCGAACACGACUACAUUCAUCGUGCCGGCUGAGCUCUUCCCAGCGAGGUUCCGAUCGACAUGUCAUGGGAUCAGUGGGGCCUUUGGGAAAUUGGGGGCCAUCAUAGGGGCCGUUGGAUUCUUGUGGGCCUCACAGAGUACCGAUGAGAGACUUAGAGAUCCUGGGAUUGGGAUGCACAGUUCCUUGAUGAUUCUUGGUGGGGUUGGUGUUUUAGGGGCUGUUGUGACCUACUUUUUCACCCCUGAAACUACAGGGAGAUCAUUGGAAGAUAAUGAGACCCAAGAGGGUCCCAGUGAAGUGCACUCAUAAGGUCUCCUACCAAUUCAAGUGGCCCCAUCCAUCCUGCUCUCUCUCUCUCUCUCUCUCUCUCUCUCUCUCUCUCUCUCUCUCUCUCUCUCUCUCUCUCUCUCUCAGAGUUCCUUGUCUCCCUGUAAUACAUGUUCAGUUUUAGGAGAAUGGGAUGCAGGUACAAUCGAUUGUUGGGGAAAAAAAGUACUUGUAAUUAUGGCUUGCUCUAUUAACAGAUUUUAUUUUUUUU